UCGGAACCAAUUUCCCAAGACGUUCUUCACAGUCACUAUUGGCUCCUUUGCUUGCUAUGGCUUCGUAUCCGUCGUAUGCCGCGACGUCGACGCAAAAAGUAUCGACGAGCUCGUAUAGAAAAUCUGAUGCGGUCGCAAGAUCAAAGAUUCUGCUGCUCGGUCUGCGAAGGAGCGGCAAGACGUCAAUUCAGCAAGUCCUGUUUGAAAAUUUACCGCAAAAACAGACGUUUUAUCUUGAACCCACCACGAGAAUAAUCAAACAUACAUACGACACAGUCAUUCCUCUUGAAAUAUGGGACUGCCCAGGGACCAUAACCGUCGAAACACUCGGGGCCCCGUUGUCGCAGUUCUUGACCAUUAUCUUCGUGAUUGAUAUUCGGGAUCUCUACAACCAACCCAUUUCGAAACUCGUGGAAUUCAUUGUCGCGGCGUACCAUGAAAAUCCGAAUGUCAAUAUUGAGGUCUUUGUCCACAAAGCUGAGAAGCUUCAAGAAGAUGACAAGAUUGAAAACUUUAGGCAGAUUAAUGAACGUGUAACCGACCGACUUUUGGACAUUUCUCCCGAUUAUGAGCAGAUGCCUCUCAAUUUCUACCUCACUUCGGUAUACGACCACACAUUACAUGAAGCCUUUUCCAGAGUUCUCCACAAACUGAUCGACUCUUUGCCGUUCCUCGAAGAUCUUCUCAACGUAUUCUGUGCCAAUUCCCAAUCCCCAAAAGCUUUCCUGUUUGACUCAACUUCGCGAUUAUACAUAGCUACGGACGCGUCACCUGUUGACUCGGCUACUCACAAUCUGUGCUGUGACUACUUACAAAUGCUCAACUCCUUUGGUCCUCUUUAUAAGUCGACAUCCGCCAGCUCUUCCCGGCAUCGGAAGUUAUUACCAUCUGCAGCGCCACUGCUUUCCUUGCCAUCUCCAUCUGAUCGUGAUGAUCUAGAGUCCCCAGGACGUUCGACACCGAGUACUGGAGCGUCAAAUUCCAAAAGGCGCGCCAAGGAUCUUUUUUAUCCAAGUGCCGCGGCUUUGCUGCAUCCUUCAACUCCGGGGACAACGCUCACUUACCACUUGAUCACGGAACACCUCGCGCUGCUUGCGAUUAUGCCGACACCCGUUUUUGAAAGUAGACGAGGACUCGUUGAAUACAAUGUGGUCUUCUUCCGCGAAGGAGUGCAAGAAAUUUACCAGGUCGAGCAGGAAGCUCGAAGUGGCGGGUAGUAAACUGUCCUUAGACUGACGGCAUGGGGAGUGUAAUGCAUCGGGCAGAAUACCCAUUACUAUACGGAUGUACCAGGUUAUCUCAGCCCCAAGGCAACGACAGAAUGGACGGGCUCUGAGUAUUAGCAAGAUUGGGGAAGGUAGCAUACCAGUAUUUCGAAUACAUGCAAUCGCUCGGACUUCCGACGUUACCUAGGCUUUGCAUACGUUUUAUAAUACCCCCUUGAUGUCCCUCAGGGAAGUAAGAAAUAAUAAGUCGCCAUUCGUCGUAAUCUACUCG